AGAAAAAGAGUCAAACAAUAUCGUUCCGCCGCUGUAAAGGCACUAGAGUAUUUACUUGUAUCGACUCAGAAGAUGCGACGGAUGACACGUGUUCACUGACCGAUGUUGGAGACUGUCUGCUGAUCUCCAAAGGCAUGUCCCUUCAAAAGGAAAUCUUCAAAAAGCCCCCGAUAGCACCCGCAUCCCGUCCCACGGGAGGAGCUGCAUCGACUCUUGAGGUCGAGAACGAUGCUGCCAGAUCUCAAGUAGGGACUUUUCAUCCUGCGACCUGGACUGAUUUUUUUGAAACCUCGCGAGACGUUCACGUACCAGCAUCAGAUGCAACAUUUCGCGUCUACCAGACCGGAUCAGCGACAGGUCCUCUAUUCGUCUUCCAUCACGGUGGCGGGCAUACAGCGCUAUCCUGGUCUCUGGUUGCGAGGCUUUUGAAGAAACAGACUAUCGGCGGAUGCUCAAUUUUAUGUUUCGAUUGUCGCGGCCAUGGCGACACAAGAACAUCAGAUGACAGUGACCUGUCCCUUGAGCGCUUAUCGCAGGAUAUGGCGAAUCUUAUGGAUGUGCUAUACGACAAACAGCUGCCAUCUGAUGUCGUGUUGGUGGGUCACAGCAUGGGCGGAGCCGUGGUGGUUGAUGCUGCUACACGAAAUAGUAUAAAGAAUUUACUUGGUGUUGCCAUCAUUGAUGUUGUCGAAGGAACGGCUAUGGAGUCCCUAGCGCACAUGGAAGUAUACUUGCGAAACCGACCAAGCAGGUUAAGUUCACUUCAAGCGGCCAUUCAGUGGAGCCUACAGUCUGGAAGCAUAAAGAACUUGGAAUCCGCUAGAAUAUCCGUUCCCCCACAAUUGAAACCAGUCAUCAGUGACCAAGGUCAGACGACACAUUAUGAGUGGAAGACAAAUCUCUCUGCCUCUCAGCCGUAUUGGAAAGGAUGGUUUCAGGACUUGUCUUCAAAGUUUUUGGCUGUGCGAUGUGCCCGCAUGCUGGUAUUGGCUGGCACUGACCGUCUGGACACACCUCUAACUAUUGGACAAAUGCAAGGCAAAUAUCAGCUGGUCCUACAUCCUGAAUCAGGGCAUGCGAUCCAGGAAGAUGAACCAGAUAAGCUUGCUGCGACUUUGACAGAAUUCUGGCAAAGGAAUGGCCCAAUGAAGGUUAUCAAGCGAUUUCCUAUCCCACCAAAGAAGCCUGUUGAAUAGCAUAUCAAGUAGUUCAAUCUUCAUACUAUUCAUGGUGGCUGGGUUCUGCAUUGUGCACAAUAGAUCGUAUUCCUAAGGCAAA